AUGUCCGGCGCGGGGAGCCGCAUCUACGGCCGGAUGACGAACUGGGUGGUGCGGUCGAUCCGCGAUGCGGAGACGGGGCGCGAGGGCACGGUGCGGCUCGUGGACGCGAUGGCGACGACGUUCGCGCCCGUGCGGGGCCGCAGGAUCCUCAUGCGACAGAAGCACAGGAUCAGGACGCCGCCCUCGCGGCCGCCGCACGUCGAGGUGUCUCACAGGCUCGGGAUGGCGACUGUGUUGUUCCCGGCGAACCGCGUGCUGCUGCCCUUCCAAGUGGAGGGCUUGCCGCCCAUCACCAACCGGCCGGCCGGCCGACAGAUGCUCGGCUAG